UGAAAUAAAAAAUCAAAUGCCGCGAUAUCCAGAGUCCUGCCCUCCCCGCCGCAAGAAAUUCGAGGCCUCAUCCAAUUCGGCCGUCCGGAGGAGCGAGGAGGAGGACGGGCGGCAAGGCAAAGGCCUUUUGAGCGCGCGGCGCGAUGGACGGCGACCUGUACGCCCUCGACUUUGAUGGCGUCUUCUGCGACAGCUGCGGCGAGAGCUCCAUCUCCGCCGUCAAGGCCGCCAAGGUGAGGUGGCCGUGGGUGUUUGAGCAGGUUGACGCCGCCAUGGAGGAGUGGAUAGUGGACCAAAUGUACACUCUCCGUCCAGUGGUGGAAACAGGAUAUGAGAAUCUGUUGCUUAUUAGGUUGCUUGUUGAGAUCCGAACACCCUCUAUUCGGAAAUCAUCAGUUGCAGAUGGGCUUAGCAUCAAAGAAAUAUUGGAGAACUGGUUAAAACUGAAGCCCACUCUUAUGGCUGAGUGGCAAGAAGAUAGGGAGUCUUUGGUAGAUCUCUUCGGUCGUGUAAGGGAUGACUGGAUUGAAAAUGAUUUUUCAGGCUGGAUAGGUGCUAACAGGUUUUAUCCUGGGACAGCCGAUGCAUUGAAAUUUUCAAGCUCUGAUGUUUACAUAGUCACAACAAAACAGAGCAGAUUUGCUAAGGCACUACUGAAGGAAUUGGCUGGAAUAGAUUUUCCCUCUGAAAGGAUAUACGGCCUUGGCACUGGUCCAAAGGUAAAAGUUCUCCAGCAGCUGCAGCAAAUGCCGCAGCACCAAGGCCUAACACUUCAUUUCGUUGAGGACCGUCUUGCAACUUUGAAGAAUGUGAUCAAAGAACCAGCACUGGACAAAUGGAACCUCUACCUGGUAACAUGGGGAUACAACACACAGAAAGAUAGGGAGGAAGCCGAAGGCCUAUCAAGAAUCCAGCUCGUUGAUCUCCCUGACUUCAGCAAAAAGCUCAAAUAGCUGGCAGUGAUGCAGAUCUUCCGAACAGUAUUCGACUUUUCUGGUUAUCUCAGUUUCUUGAUGAUGUACUUGAACAACACAAAUACAUGAUUUUUUAUUGAAUACAUUGUUCACAAAUAUAUGGAUUGAUUUCUUUAA